AUGUCAGGUGAAUCGCAAAACAGUAAAGUGGGCGUAGUUGAUGAUCUUAUUGAGCCAAACCUCGACGAACUAGUCUUGACUCCCAAAUUCGACCGCCAGUGCUUGGAAAAUGCACGCACCGUCUUGUCUUCUGACAAGAGCUGCGACUCGGAUGAAGGUAGCUUAUGGUCGAGCGACGACAGCGUCUCUAGUAAUACUGCCGUUAAAUACAGGCCCUGCGAGGUGUCAAAGUUCGAGGCAAACCUCUACUAUGCCGGUGUGGGUCCGAAAGGACGCGGGCCCAAGCUCAUCUAUAGGACAUCCGACGACAAGUUUGAGGAACCCUCCGGCCCUGAGGCGUACACCCGCCUCAUGAGAGUCGUGGCCGUUCCAGAGACUCACCAACUUGGUCAGAAUGGAUUGUGGGAUGUGGUUCGUGACAAGGUUGUGGAUUUACUCGAUAAGAGGAACAUCAAGGUCUCAUCUGUCGAUCUCGUUCGUUUUACGUGGAUCAACAAGGAGGCGGACCAGGAGGUUCAAGUCGAAGUCGAAGACGAGGACGAGGACAACGGCGACGACAACGACAGUCUCACUUACGACGAUAUUCCACUCAUCCAGCCCGUCGAGUAUGGACAACGUCACUAUACCAAUGCCACCAUCUGGGUUGGUGUCUUGCCCGAGACUCUUACUGCUGCCGUUGCUCGUGAGUCUGCCAAGGAUAUCCGUGCCUUGCUCGACUCCCUCCAGGUGCAAAAUGUCGACGUCGCCUAUCGUGAGUCGGUUUACAAGCAUUUGACCGGCCAUGGACCGGCCCUUUUCCGGCCCGUCGAAGACGAACAUCCUUUUAAAGAAGUUAUCGACAACGUCUCUGUUCCCCUUAGCCUUCCUAUUGCUGGUCGUACGUCUGCUAUGCAGGGCACUCUCGGCCCCUACUUCCGCAUCGGCGAGAAGCUCUAUGCCAUCACUGCCCGCCAUAAUCUGCUAUUGCUUGACCGGGACAACGAGGUGUAUAGGUGUGAUGGUUCUAGACCCACCCAGAAAGUUCUCGUGAUGGGGCCCUCUGCGUUCACGAACUAUCUGGCAUCUAUCCAGGCCCUUAUUGGUGCCAACGUCGACGCAGCUGAAGUCCUUGAGAAGAAUGUCAACACGUUCAAAGGCCUGGUGCGGGAUGGAAUCGACGUCGAGGAAUCACAGACCAAGCUGGACGAGAAUGAGGCCGAGCUCACCAAAAUGCGCAACAAGAUCGACGCAUUGAAAAAAAAAAUUUAUAAAGAUCAAAAAAAGGUGGAGCAAACCCAAGCAUCGAGUCAUCGGAUUUGUUCGCUGGGCUCCCCUAUGGGUGUCGGUGUUGGUCCUCACCGCUACACCAGGGACUUCUGUGUCAUCGAGCUUUACAAAGAUAAGUUCAAGCAUAUGAUAGGCAAUGUUCUGAGCCUUGGUCCGGAAUUCCCCCCUGCAAAGCUCAAAGCGUUGAUGUACGAUUGCGUCGAUGUCCCAUCCAAAUUCAAGUACCAGGACAACGGUCUCCUUGCCCUUAGAGGCAUGCUCACGGCCGAUCAAGUCAACGAGCCCAUCGCCUUGAACCUCCAAGGUGAUCGUAUCCGUCGCGUCAUCAAGCGAGGUUUCACUACCAACACUACCGUCGGAAUUCUCACCCAGUUUACGUCGUUCGUGCGCAAAUACUUCCCCACUGGCAAUAUGGAUUCGGUCGAGCUGGCCAUACUUUCUCACGAGAAUGACACUGGGACCUACUCCAAAGGGGGCGACUCCGGAUCACUGAUCGUCUCUGCCCGCGGCGAGUUUGUGGCUUUGCUUACUGGGGGUACUAAUAAUGGAACGGAUGGCUCCCAUAUCACAUUUGCCACUCCGUUCAAGUACGUUUGGGAUUCUGUCAAGGAAGAGUUCCCCGGCGCCGAUUUAUACUUCGACAAUCUCGAAGAUUUUCUCGCCGACGUAGCCUAG